AUGCUUUCUAUGUUGUAUGUGAGUAAUCAAUGAAAAUAACAAUGUAAGGGAUUGUUAUGAGAUAUUGGAUUUACAUCGGAUCAACAAUUUGAAUAUGAUAUCUUUCUAUGUUGAUCCACAGUGGUGUGGUGUGUUAUUUUCUGUUUACUGGAAAAAUGAUAAAGGAUAUUUAUUUACCGGAGGAACGACGCCGCAAUUGGAUCCUUUAGCAACUACUGCAUUUGCUGAACCUCUCGAUGUAGACUGGAUAACAUUUGCUGGAAAUGUUGGUUUUGAGAUUUAUCAUCUCUCUUCAUCGUGGGCAGUUGUUUUGGACGCAGCAAAAGUAACAGGAGUUCUGUUGCUGCUGGGGUUUGGAAGUCUGGUUGGAUACAGAAUCCUGAAAUAUUUGUGGCUAUCUCGUUUUUCUGAUGACUCAGAGCCACCCUCCCCAUCAAUGCAGCACAAUGUUACAGUGUCUUUGAACAGAAGUCAGCUGCUGGAAGAUGUUGAAUAUGCAGAUUUGAAUGAUGUUGAGGGGAAGUACUUUGGCCCAGACCCAGCUCCGGCAAAUCAUGGUUUGGUAGGCAUGCUUUGUAUGCACAUGCAUAAACUUACCAAGUCAUUGUCAGGUGUCAAAAAGAGCAACAUAAAUAACUGUCUUGAGUCUUUUUGUACUGCAGCAACCUACAAGUCACAUUUAUGCUCAAGAGGCAUACAGCGGGAAAUAAUUUCACAGCACGACAGAUUAGUGUCAGAAAAUUUAAUGCCUUUUUUGCUGUAUUUGCAAGAAAGUAGCCCCUGGCCAUACGACAUUACACCAUCAGAUGUCACCUGUGAAUUAGGAUGGCUUGUAAAGAAACUAAUGCAUCUGGUAGACUUUCAGGAAUCAUACAGGCAUAGAAAAAAUUUGAAUGAAUUUUCACAAAAUGUAGCCAAUACUAGAAACAGUGGAAACAUAAAUGAGAAAAUGUGCUAUGCUUCACCUCGAAAUACCACCAGAGGUAGUCCAUUCCUGCCUCGCUAUUGUCGCGAAGACUCUUGUGAAUUUUCUGCACACACACAUCGGGAAGGUUCUUUUGACAGUACGUGUUCAGAAUUUAGUUUGGAUUUCACUCUGCCAGAGAGUUGUGAGAACACAAAUAUCAUAAAUUUAGACAAACUUCAGUUGGAAAUUGAUAAACUCAAGUCAAAUUGUCAGAUGAUGGAUGAAGAACUAGAAACAAUUAAAUGUAAUCGAAACCUUCCUGGAUUAUCAAGCCUAAUGGAAACUAAUGUUUCAGAGACUAAUUUUACUAGGAACGAAGAUGGAUUACAGAGUCCCUCUGCAUCUAGUGAAGCUCUAAAGCAAAAAAAUGCUCGUGCAUGCUUUGCUGGUUUAUAUAGCCUCACAACAAUAAUAAAUAGUUCAUCAGAUUUAUCUGACUUAUCAGAAUGUGGCAAUAAAAUGGUAGAGUCCACUGAAUCCCUUGAAUGGGAUUCCCCACAGUCUGUAGUAACGUCUGCUGCUAAUACUUGGGAUCAAGUGCCUGAUAAACAUUUCCCUCAACCCAAUAGAAGUGUUAAUGUAGAUAAUUCCAGAAUAGCUGUUACAGCAUGUGAAAAAAUGCAAGAUGAUUACAUUAGUCAAGAGAUUUCAUCACAGUCAAAAUCUGUUAGGGACUUAAAGGUUCCUUCAAAUGAACAUGAAAUGACUUUAGAUUUAGAAUGGGAUGAAGAUGAUCUUGUUUCUGACAUGAACAAUGGUGAUGAAAAUUUUAACAGCAUGGAUUUGGGUAGUGUGCAGUUGUGCUCACCAUCCGCAUCCGAUGGCACCUCUGAGAUAAACAACAUUAUGUACCAACACACAAGGUGUAAGGAUAAUCAGUACAAACUUCAUCCGUUAAAUACCACAAAUGGUAAUAACCUUGAACCUACUUCACCCCAGUUGCAAGACUGUGACAAUGAUUGUGUCAUGAACGCAUCUAAAUAUUCAAAGGAGUCUGGCUAUUUGGAGUGGGAUGAAGAAACUGAGUUUUCGCUGCAGGAACUUCAUGGGGCUUCUAGUACACAGGCUACACCAGAAAGUGACUUCCCUCCACUGUCUAACUCUACAGAUGCCAUCUACAUGCAGAAUGAACAGUACGUGGGCUCCAGAACAAACAUUUAUCAGUAUGCUCUUCAGCUUUGUCAAGGGAACAGCCAAAAAGGAGAAACAUUGUUAAAGGGCUUUGCAGAAAUCCCUUCGCUCACUGGUCUGCAGAAUUUGCGACAGAUUCAUAGAGAUAGUUAUUGCAUAAUUCGUGCUGCCAUUUUCCAAGGAUUAUCUAGCCAUUGCCAAAUUCCGUGUGGAAGGACUGCAUUUCAGUCCCUGUCAGAAGCAUUCAAUAGCUAUAAUUUCACAUGGUUACAAAAUUGGAAUUUUUCCAUGUACCUACCGUAUCAGGGAAAGGAAGUGUUGCAUGGCAUGAGAAUGUGUCUGCAUACCUUGGAUAAUGUAAUGUCUGUUCUUUCAUCGCGAGAAGAUUCUGGAGAUACAUUAGCACUGCUACUUAACUCCGACCGCUCACUUGACAUUCAUGUAAUGGAAGCUGUCAAAUUGCAUUUGCUUUUACAAUCCAUAAAGCUUUAUCAGUCAUACACCAGUGGGGGCAAUGUUCCCGGGUUUGUUGAUCUUAUGUUUGCCCACGAGUCAUGUAGGACUCCCAAGGAGUUCAUGGACAAUCAUUUGCAGAAUUUGGGUGAGUCAGCAAAUCUUCAUGAGAUGGUAAUAUCUCUACUGGGCUACACGCUAAACAUGAAGAUAUGUGUUAUUUAUCCUGCCUUGAUUGGAACUGACAAGUUUGUUAGUUAUUUUCCUCAAUGCAAUAUCAGCUCUUUUCAACAUGAAGUGGUGUUUGUUGAAGAUGAGGAUUGUUGCUGUGUUCUAGUCAAAUGAAAAAAUAUAUAUUAUUCUACAGAAGAUAGUCUUUAAAGAUUUUUUACUUUAUUUUGAUAUUAACCUUGUAAUAAUUUACAUGGUGCAUUUGAAGUAUGUGAUAUUCUGUUUUUGUUUUAUGUGUAUUUUUAAGACUAGGAAAUUGUGUUCUUUAAAACAAGCAAUGCACAGAUUUUCCAGCUAGUACUUGAGCUGUUCCCAGUAUUAUUUAUUUCUCAGUCAAAACAAUUUUGUGUUUUGUUUGAAAUGAUUUUUGUUAAUGCUAAUGUUAACAGGGAGAAUACAAUUUUUCUCUUUAGUAUAAUUACAGUAUUAAAUUUGUUCCAGCCUUUUUACUAAUCAUCCUUUAAUAUAUUAUCAAAACUGUAAUUUAAUCAUCUGACUGAUAAAGUUAUGUAAUUGAGCCUGUUCAGUCAUUUAUAAGUUUAUUGAAACUAACGUACAAAUAUAUAUAUAGUUAUAAUAGUUACCUUUAGUUUUGUAUUCCUUUUGUGAAAAGAUUUGCCCUAAGACUAAAUAAGUUUACAUAAUUUGCAAUGUUUCAGAAAAACAAAUGUUCUUUGUGUUGUAUCAAUGUUAAAACUAUAUUCUUUCAUAGAGUGGAAUGUACUAAAUGCUUUUUAUUUUCAUUAAAAUGCUGUAGUUUUGUAAGAAAAAAAAACAAAAUGAUCAAAAAAAUAUUGACAUAUUUGGAACAACAAACCACUGCUUGAUGACCCAAAGGGUAUUUGCUAUGUAUUGUCUUAUCUAUAAGGGGAUUAAGCCUUGCCAUCUUGAAUUGUUUGCUAUAGUUAUACAUGUUUAGUUAUUUAUCCAAUUUUUGGCUCGAUAGGGCAUAAAUAAUAUGUUCCUAAGGUUUUAUAUCUUAUCACAAUCUGAUGUCAACUAACAGUUUACAUUAUAUAAUUACUGGGAGAUAACUUAUUUUUUCGUGUGGGUGAUUAUAACUGCCAUAAUUAUAACAGUAAAUGAACAAGUGCCUCAUGCUAGGUCUUAUGCCUUGUUCAAGCCAAGAAAUACAAUAUGCAAGAUGUACUGCAAGCUGCAGGUUAAUAUUUUAAUAACCAAGAUGGCGGGGCCUAAUUUUGCUUAAUUAUUGAUAUUUGCAACCCUAAAUGUUUCUAAUUGAUUUAUUUAACUAUUUAUAAAAAAAAGCACAUUAGAUUAGUCAACAUUUUGUUGCUAGGAUCGUAGUAUAAUUUGGAAAGUGCAAGCUCACAAUUUUGCAGGAAGUGCCGGAGUUGUUGUCUGUAAAGUGCGUAACAUACAUACCCUUUUAACUUUUAAUAUUUUGGCUGUUACAGUUAUAUUUGAUUUUUUUUAGACAUGACUUAGGCAGUUUAGAAUUCUAAAUUUAAGUCUGAUAACAUCAACAGUUUUUAAAAAUUUAUUAUCUGAAGGAAAAAAGUUUUCUCAUGCUUAACUAUGGUUGCUGUGACUUCUGUUUAAUAUAUACUACCAAACAGUUUAAAAAAAUUAUAAAAUUGUAUUAUUUUGGUCCACCACUAAAUUUGACCAUCUACAAUCUUGGUUGUGUUUUAUUCUGACUGAAUCUUAAGUUAAAAAUAGUAAAAACAUUAAUAUGCAGUAGAAUCUUGAUAUAACAUGGUUUGGUACACCCUGGAUUUAAAUGUACUGCCGGUGAGAUUGAGUCUACAAACAAAAAAAAUUAACAGAAGUGAAAAGUGAGCAUUUUGACCACUGGUAGAUUGAUUCCCCUUUCUUAUAGCGCUUGAUCUCCUUCAGAGGUGGUAUGUCGUUGGGAGAGAGAAGCAGGUGUAAGGUAUCUCUUGUGGGUGGGAGAUGGAGGGAUGUGGUGUGGUGUUUGUAGACAGGAGUCAAGAUAAAAAGUUGACUGUAAAUCAAUUUAAUCUUAUUCUGUUGAUGACAAAAUGUAGAAAGAGGAGAGACUAAUGUUAGUACAGUAAGCUCUAAAUUAUCUGUUAUUUGGGAUCCACCCAUGUUACGAUAAUUGAAAUCCUGUAAAAAAAACCAGAUAAUCAGUUUCACAGUAAGGCCCCCCCCCCUCCCCUCCUCGGAUCUGGGUCGCACCAUAUAUUUGUCUUCAGUAGAAUUCUGAGCACAAGUGAAGUCUGUGUACUGUCUCUCAGCUUAUUGGAACGCAAACAGCAUGGCACUGUGUCACCACGUGGUCUUUCUUUAUCUGCUGGAGCGGUAGCCGUCACCUCCCCUCCCACGUUGUAUUUAUUUCUUGUACCCCUCGGCGGCAAGUUAUUCUUUCUUCUCAGUUGCUUAUCCUUUCAGAAAACUAGUAUGCAGAGAAACUUUUACUAGGCUGGAGGAAUACAUAAGUAUAACUUCAAUACACCAAUUCUCUUAGGUGUGCUUUCCACAGGCCUAACUCAGGAAAGAUUCAUAAGAUUCAUUAAUCAAACAUGGAUGCAGCAGUAUUUGCACAUUUUGUUGAGCCCUGGCUGUAGUGUUCGUCAUGAAAUGUUGAAGUAACAAGUGCGGAAAAUAAAUAGCAUGAGAAAAUGUUGUUGGCGUCAUGAAACCUGUCAUUAUAGACUCUUGAAGAUUGCCUUCAUGUACGUUGCUAGUUCGUGGUCAUUUACAACGGCCGAAGAAGGAAAGUUAACUCAACACUGCUCAAGAUAAGAUCACGCAGACUGUGUACACACAAAUUCUUCUCCCCCCUCCCCCGUGUUCUUCCUCCAGCUGAAUGCUAGCCCAGCCAACUGUGUCACACGCCGGGCGCCUGCAAGCCAAUGGGUGGGUGGAAAGUGGCAUAACUUCACUUGAAAUAAACAAGACAAAGCAGCAAUCAGGGCAUCCCCUUCAGGUUUAAAGGUCACAAAUGUGACAGGCUUGGGGGUGGGUGACAUGAAGGGUCGUACCAGACAGCUUUCUGAUACGGUAACAAGGUGGUUAGAAAUGUAGAAUGGCCAAGCCAAGAAGUGCACUGGAGCGAUGCCAAGGUUUUUUUUACGGCUUUAGAGUGUAACAAACUAAUAAGUAAACUAAACUUAAGCACGGAUAACCCGAAAACAGUGUAAUCCGGGCCCGAAUAAUUGAGAGUUUACUGUAUUUUAUUAAAGUACAAUAUUCCUGAAAAAAAAAAUAGGUAGUGUGUUGGUUUAUAAGUAAUGUGCUUAGAGAAGUUUUUUUAGAUGAUGUUUAAAAUUAUGUAUUUUUAUACAUAAUUUAUUACAGUAGUGCACUAGAUGAGACUGGACCCUUAUCGGAUCACUGAAAGUCCGGAUUAGACGGAAUUUGUCUUAAAAUGCACAAUACAAGUUUUUAAUGGGUAAAACUAUAAAAAUAAAUGCUUUAUUUUUUCCAUAGAUAUAAAUUUUUGUACAGCUUAAUUUUGUUCGAAUACUACUGUGUACUUAAACCAUAGUUUUUAAACUAUGAACUGAUGUAGGAUUAACAAAACAAAACAUAUUUUUCAUCUAGAUUAACCAGAUGUCCGGAUGAGCGUGGUCCAGAUUAGCGGGACUCUACUGCACUUUUAUUUUUUAAAUUUGUUUCAACUUAAGUGUUUGAAAACAAAAGAUGGUAGAAACUAUUGAAGCUUAGCAUGUCUCUUCCUGUUUAUAUUCAAUGCAUGCAUGUGUGUUUGUGUAAAAGGUUCGGUUGGCUACUUUGUUGUGCCUUCCUAAGCACUGGGAGAAGUCAGGUGUUUGAGCUGUCAAAAUAAAUCAUCUCAUAACUCUGCUGCAGGAGGGUAUUCAGGUAUUACCUCCCAAAAAAAAAAGUGUGGUAUAGAAUCAUAAAACCAAUUAUUUCACAAAAAUGUGAAUUGAGGAAUCCUAAAAUUCACUAGACUUUGUUCAGAUAGAAGCUUGCAUGUGUAUGUUGAAAUAGUAUUGCGUUCCCCAGACCUGAAAAUUUAUAUGCAAACAAUCCAGGUAUUCCCCAAACUGGAGCAUACUUUAUACUGCUCUUUACCUAUUUUGCUUGAUGUAUUUAUACACCACCCAGCAGAGUGUGUGUGCUGAGCUUGGGCCAAGUUCAACAUACUCUAUGAUGAUCUGACCAGCAUAUUCAUCCAUCACUACCCCCAGUUUGUCCUAAUUAACCAAAGGCAAUAAUUGGACAUUACCUGACAAAUAAUUACAGGUAUAAAAACGGGAAGCCAAAACAACAAUGCCAGUAUACAGGGGCUUUGUCGAAGCUGAUGGAAUUUUUCUGCAAGAGUAAGCCAAAACAACAGUGCCAAUGUAUAGGGACUUGUCAAAGCUGAUAGAACUUUUCUGCAAGUGUAAGCCAAAACAACAGUGCCAAUGUACAGGGGCUUGUCAAAGCUGAUGGAACUUUUCUGCAAGAGUAAGCCAAAACAACAAUGCCAAUAUACAGGGGCUUUGUUGAAGCUGAUGGAACUUUUCCGCAAGUGUAUUAGAACCAAAUUAAUUUUCUUUGAUGAUUUUCCUAGCCCUGAACAUCGGACAGUCAUUCAGUUCUGCCACACCAUAGAUGAAAUUGUAUCAAUAAAGACAAAAGUGUCGCAUUCUUUACUAGAGUUCUGCGAAGACUGUGAAUAUGCAAAUAGACAUCAGUUUGAAGAACAAGUUUUUGAAUUAAUUUGCAGUUUGAGCAUGCCUUUCAGUAUUGUACGUGAUGUACAGCUGCAUCAACGAUUUCUGGUCAAAGUUUAAAACACAAUGAACAUUGUCAAGGAUGGCACCAUAUUGCAAAUAGUGCUUCAGUGUCUCAGUAUGUACUACGAAUGAGUCUGCAGCAUGCAUGUCAAAGUUUUUUCAUUUCUGCCAUUUGGCUGCUUGCCAUUCUUAAGUACUACAGUCAGAUUACAUAGGCAGUCAUGACAGUCUGUAAGAAAGCACAAAUCAACCUUUGCAAAAUAGGAACAGUCACCAAAUGUAUCCGUGGUAUCAAAAUCCCAUUUUGUGUAUUUUUGUCCCUGUACCCGUACGAAUUUACUAACCAGAAGCUUGCCCAACAUUUUAUGACUCUAUGCAGAAUUGACAUUUAAAUAGUGGAUAUAAGACUAUGAGAUUCUGGGGUUGUAGUCGGGCAUGUAAGUGUUGUUAGUCUUUGCAUGGGGGCAACUGAUACUCCAGUCUGAUAGGCAUAGUUACUCAGCAUGGAGCAGCAAAAAAAAACAUCCCAUUGGUUCGGGAGUGUGCAAUGUCUGAUUUGCUCAUGUGCCUGCCAUUCUUCACAUUGUGGAAUGCUCCCCGAAGAGGUAAUGAGGUAAUCUGCAGGUAGUCCAUAGACUUUACAGUCUUAAGGGAACACACUCUUUCACUGAGCCACUGCAAACCGUACGUUAUCUGUAAACUGAAUAGGUAGUGUUCAUUUGUGCCAGUGCAAGAUUGCCAAGGAGUAAUUCCAAUGAUGAAUUGAAAAAAAAAAGAAA